AUGUUUGGAGACAGAUUCAUGGGUAUUGGAGAUUUCAACAUGGGAAGAGCUUCAGAUCAUCGUCUUCGUCUUCCUGAUUUUGGUUCUGAUGGGUUUUUACAGAGUCUAGAAACGAACCCGUUUCUGAAGAAUCAGUGUUACAACAAGAGUGGUGAAGCUCUGGAUUUGUGUAGAAAGCUUAACAAAAUGGGUAUCUCUUGUGAUAUGAGUAUUUGGAGCAGACCUGAAGAACCGUUCCGGGUCGACCCGGGUGAUGUUGGCUCGAGAAGGUCUUCCGGGUUUGAGCAGAGUCUUAGUGGAGCUUCCUCUGUUUUCCAAAACGAAAGCUUUCAUGGAGUUUCUUCUCAAUCUCAGAGAUUGCUUGGGUUUCAAGAUUCCUUUAACCCUAACGGAUUUGGAGAGAUGUUGCGUUUUAAGAAUCAUACUAAGCGUAGAAGCGACUCUUUUGGCAACGAUGCGUUGAUGUUUGAAGGAAACAGAGUUUUUCAACCUCCAUCCGCCAUGGAAGUGUACGGAAAGCUUCGACCUUUUUAUACAAAUGAGAGUCUGAUUGCGUUUAAGGGUUCGUUGAUGGAUGAAGGAAAUAGGGUUUCUCAAAACCUAGCCGCCAUGGAAGGUUUUGGAGCUUCUUAUCCAGACGAGAGGAUGACUCUGAUGAGAAGGUAUCUAAAGCAAGAUGAGCCUAAGAUCAAUCUCGUCUCCAUGGUUAACAUUUACGGAUCUGUGAACUUAAUGGCCAAGGAUCAGAUUGGUUGUAGAGUUUUGCAGAAACUGGUUCAACAAGGAACGUUUCUUGAAGCUAAGGUUAUACUUCAUGAAAUCCUUAACAAUGUUUUUGAACUCUCCAUGGAUCCUUUUGGGAAUUAUAUUGUCCAGAAGCUAUUGGAAGUGUUUGAUGAGGAACAAAGAACAGUGAUUGUGAGUGUGUUAGCCUCAAGACCAAGGGAGCUUAUUAGAAUCUGUCUAAACACUUCUGGGACAAGGGUUGUGCAGAAGAUGAUUGCAACCGUGAAAACAAGACAGCAGAUUGCAUUGGUGAAAUCAGGUCUCAGACCGGGCUUUCUUGAUCUUGUUAAAGAUCUGAAUGGGAACCAUGUGAUACAGAGUUGCUUGGAGUUCCUUGGACCUAAUGACAAUAAGUUUGUGUUUGAAGCAGCUUCAAAGUACUGUGCUGAGAUAGCAAUUCAUCGUCAUGGAUGCUGUGUCCUUCAAUGCUGCCUUAUAAACUCUGUUGGACCGCAACGUGAGAGACUCGUCGCUGAGAUAUCAAGAAACGCACUUCACCUUUCACAGGAUCAAUUCGGGAACUAUGUGGUGCAGUGCUUAAUAGAACAAGAAGUUUCUGCGGUGAAGUUGCUGGUUCAGUUUAGACUGCAUUACGCCGAGCUAGCAACUCAGAAGUUUGGUAGCCAUGUGAUUGAGAAGUGUCUAAGUAAGUAUCCAGAGAGCCGAGCUGAGAUCGUUCGUGAGCUCCUCUCUGUUCCAAACUUUGAGUAUCUUCUGCAGGAUCCUUAUGCUAAUUAUGUGAUCCAAACAGCUCUCUCUGUAACUAAGGGAGCUGUUAGAGCUAGAUUGGUGGAGAAGGUUGAUAAGUUUGGGAAACUACAGUUGAAUCCUUAUUGCAAGAAGAUAUUCUCCAAGAACAUCUUGAAGAUGUGACUUUGAUUAGUUCCAAAAAAAUUGUUGUUUUUCUCUAUUUCAAGAUAGGAUAAGGAUUUAGAAAGAGAC